GUUGCAGCUGCAUGAAAACCUAUGAAGAGCCAGUCAGACACAGUGCAGGUUUUCACACUCAUCGAGUCCUGAGUGUAGCAGAAAUAGGGAAGAAGUCACGGUACUCCAUCGUCGGUGGAAAGACGACUCAGACAGGAGGAUUUCCUGACUGGUGCACCUGCUAAAUGAAGAGCAGGACACAGAUUUAUGUCUGACAGACUUCAAACUUCAAACUGAGGGGCAACGCCGCUGAACUGAACAACAGCACCAACAUGACAGCUGCCACUAAGCUUCUGGAUGAGAUGUGCCACCUGACGGCUCAGUCUCUGAUUACAAUGGACACAUCGGAGCACUUCAAAGUCAUAAAGCUCCUGGGGGAAGGCUCGUAUGGAAAGGUCGUACUGGCCGUCCACAGGAAAAGAGGUACCCCAAUGGCUUUGAAGUUCUUCCCUCGUGAGUCCACCUCACUCUUCUCGUUCUUGAGGGAGUACAAUCUCUCUCUGUCCUUCUGCACCCACCCGUCGCUGACCCGAGCUCUGGGAAUCGCCUACUUCACCCAGUCACACUACAUCUUUGCCCAGCAGGCCAGUCUCUUUGGAGAUCUGUACGAUGUCAUCACACCUGAGGUGGGUAUGGAGGAGGACUGCUGCCAGCGGGUGGUGUCUCAGCUGUGCGGAGCUCUGACGCAUCUCCACUCCCUGGGGUUCGUCCACAGAGACCUCAAACCAGAGAACAUCUUCCUGUGUGACUCGGCCUGCCGCUGGGUGAAGCUGGGAGACUUUGGCAUGGUGAAGGCCAGAGGAACCAGAGUCCCAGAAGUUUGGUACAGCUCCCCGUACUGCACCCCCGAGGCUGAGGUUGCUCGCGGAAACAAGGACAGUUGGAGCAGCGUGAACGACGGCGGUUUCAAAGAGGACGAGCACAAUAAGAAGACGAGAGUGUGGGGGUCUGUGGAGCCGAGCACGGACAGCUGGGCGCUGGGCGUCCUGACCUACGCCAUGCUCACCGGCAGCCACCCCUGGGCCGAGACGGCCGACGACUGCCGCUCCUACCUGAAAUACCGGGAGUGGUUCGAGCGCUGCAACGGCCCCAGCGAUGAGCUGGAAGUGUGGGCAGAGCCGCAAUCACAGAUCUUACAAGACGCCGCUGACACGAGCAAAGCGGCUCCCGUAGCGCCGCAGUUUGCCUGUUUCACCCAGUUAGCCUGCUCCUUCUUCCAGUCGCUGCUGGACCCGAGGCCUCAGCUCCGCGGGAGACCCGAGGACGCCAUGUGUUUCCUGGGAGGGGACUGGAUGAGGGAGGAAAGGACGGUGAGGAUGGAGAAAGAGAGGAAGAAGAGUAGCCAGACGGGUGCGAUCAGAUGCAUGAAAGAGAUGGAGGGAAGAGGACAGCGGUAAACAGAGAGACUUUAUAAAAAAAUGAAGCAGAAAGAGACACCGGUCGUGAACUGUUGAGUCUUGGUGAUCUUUAUAAUGCCUGUAAAUAUUUUGUUAAGAUUUCGAUGCAUAUAGCAUUAUGUUUUUAGUUUAGCAAGCACAUUUUGUUCCUUUUGAAAUCGGACUGUAGUCCUGCACUAUUUACUAUGCAAUCAUUCUUUAUUUUGUUCUGCUUUUUUGUAGAUUUGUAAAUUUAAUGUAAUUAAUUAUGGCUGUUAAUCGAACAAAAAUGUUGCUCUGUGGAUUUGAAAGCUUUGAUAAAAAAAUUCUACAAUAUAA